UUACGAUACAAGAUUUAAAAUCUACCUGUAAAUGUAAGAGUAAUACAAAAUCAUUUCCGCUAAUUUCUAUUACGUGUAUCCGAUAGUAUUUAAAUUAUACUGUUCUAGAUACCGACCUACACAAAAAUACCUGAUCUUUAAUACGUGUUUAAUAUUUGUUAUAGUUACUUGUAUGUAGAGUUGGUUGACGUUUCACUUUUAUCCGGAAUAUCUUCACAGUUUCAACAUAAAUCAUGGUUAAAGUAAUUGGAAGCAAGGCCGAAUUUGAUAGCGUAGUGAAAGGAUCUGGUGAUACAUUGAUUGUUGUCGAUUUCUUUGCAACAUGGUGUGGACCCUGUGUACAGAUUGCACCUGUAUAUCAAAAAUUGUCAGGCGAAUACAGUGAUUGUAUCUUUCUUAAAGUGGAUGUAGAUGAAGUCGAGGACGUUGCUGCAGAGAGUGGAAUAUCUGCAAUGCCUACAUUUCAAUGUUACAAAAGUGGCAAAAAGGUUGAUGAAAUAGUAGGAGCAAGUGAAGAAAAGUUGAGAGGGAUGAUUGAAAAGAACAAGUGAUUCCAUAAACUUAUACUAGAACAUUGUAUCAAUUUUCAAGCAAUAUUAUUUGUGGUGUUUAUUAUUUUUAUUAUUCCGUACAUUUUAAUACACUUUUUUUCGGAUAAAAUAAAGUAUCUUAUGAUAAUG